AUGGCAACGGUCGUCACAACAAUUAAAUCUGCCAAAGAGGUUCUAGCUUCUUUGCAGAAGGAGCCAUUUUGUAUUGAACAUGUUAAGAAGUUGGUAAAUCACAGAGUGGUCCAAGAAGCAAAGGCUGGUACACUUCCCUUCAAAGUCAUGGUCGCAUUUCUUUGUGAGCAAUAUUACAUCGUAUUAGCUGACAUUCGGAGCAUGGAACACUUGGUGUCCAGGUGCGAAGGCAGCGACGUUAUACGCCAGUACUUCAGCUUCUUUUAUAACGGUCAAAAACUUGCUCACAGAAAACUCCUCGCCAUGGCGAAAGCGAUGGGACUUUCCGAAUUGGAUUUAGAGAAUUACGAGCCCCACGCCAGUGCACACGAGUAUCCGUCGUAUUUUUGCUACUUAGCUCAUUACGGAGAAAUCCCGCAGAUUGUGGCAGCUAUUGCAGUCAAUUUUCCCACGUUUGGUCAAAUGUGUUUGAGUCUUGAAGACUCUAUGAAGAAGAAAUAUGACAUGAAACACGAAGACCUAGAUUUCCUUCGUUUCUUUGGUGUGUGUGACCUGGACGAAGGGGCCGUCAAGGUCAUAGAGGCCUUCAAAGCUAAUGACAAAGGAAAGAUGAGUGAGAUUGAAUACAAGGGUAUUAGAAGAGCAGUUCGACUUCUGCAAGCAUAUCAGGUUAUGUUUUUAGACAGUAUUUAUGAAUCGAGUGUUCUUAAAAGUAAAGACACAAAUUAG